GAUAAUAUUGUGAGUAAAAAUGAUGGGGAAUAAUAAUAACAAUACUUGGGUUUGUGUGUUAGUGGUGAUUUUUGGGUUUGCAUUUAUAAGAUGCAAUGCUACAACAUAUAUUGUAGGAGAUACUUCAGGUUGGGAUAUUAGCACUGAUCUUGAUACCUGGUCUCAAGGCAAGAGGUUUUUUGUUGGAGAUGUUCUUGUGUUUCAAUACUCAUCAUCGGCAAGCUUAAACGAAGUGACUAGAGAAAAUUUCAACACUUGCAACACUACCAAUGUUCUUAAAGCCUACUCCUCCGGCAACACCACCGUCACCUUGUCCAAGCCCGGCCAGAGGUUCUUCGUUUCCGGCAACAGGUUGCUCUGUCUCGGCGGCAUGAAGUUGCAAGUCAAUGUUGAAAACAACCAAUCAUUCUCCCCUGCUGCCGCUCCUCAGCCACCACCGUCGUCCCACUCCGACGACCUCCCCCGACCUUCUUCCAAAACUGACAACAACAGUGUUCCCAACACCGCCGCCGGAUUUGUGAUGGAAGGAAAACAAGCUCGUGCCAUUCUCUUUGUGUGUUGUGUUAUAUCCACAUUAUCCUUUAUGGUGAUUUAAUAUUACAUAUAUGUAACAUUCAAGUUUUCAUUUUA